GGAUCCGCGGUCAUCUUUCCUGAAGACGCUUCUUACACCCAGAAGCACUUCCUCAUUAACGACUCGGGUGGUUCCACUUCCGGCAGCACCAGAUAAGUCGCGAGAGGAAGCUUAUAGCCUGCCCCUUCCCUUUAAGACCACUUCGCUGAAGUUUAACCUUAUCCUGCCGGAGUGUUUUCCUUGCUAAUGGUGCUGAGUCUCUAAAAACAUCCUUGGUGUAAAGAUCCAUGGGACUCUGAACGUAAACUGGAAUUUUGUGCCUGGGAACAGACUACUAGUGUCUACUGUGUCAAGGAAACCAUUCAGAAUAUUAAAAAAAUGUAAUGGACAAUUGAUUGUGAAAAUAAUUUUCAAGAUUCGCAAUGGUCCGUAGUGGAAAAAAUGGUGACCUUCAUCUUAAACAGAUUGCGUAUUAUAAACGGACUGGUGAAUACCACCCAACUACAUUACCAAGUGAAAGAAGUGGCAUAAGAAGAGCAGCAAAAAAGUUUGCCUUCAAAGAAAAAAAGCUGUUUUAUAUUGGGAAAGACAGAAAACAAAACCGCUUGGUCAUAGUUUCAGAAGAAGAAAAAAAGAAAAUCCUAAGAGAAUGCCAUGAAAAUGACACUGGAGCCCAUCAUGGCAUAUCCAGAACCCUUACACUGGUUGAGUCCAACUACUAUUGGACUUCUGUGACUAACGAUGUCAAACAGUGGGUUUAUGCUUGUCAGCAUUGCCGAGUGGCAAAAAAUACAGUUAUUAUUGCACCUAAACAACACCUUCUCAAGGUGGAAAACCCAUGGACGAUAGUUAUUAUUGAACUGAUGGGCCCAUUCCAAACAAGCCACAGAAGUCAUAUAUAUAUUAUAAUCAUGACAGAUUUGUUCACAAAAUGGGUUGUGAUUUUGCCUCUAUGUGAUAUUACAGCAUCUGAAAUUUCUAAAGCUAUUGUCAAUGUAAUUUUCUUAUAUGGACUUCCUCAGAAGAUAAUAAUGGACCACAGAGAUGAGUUCAUUCAUCAGAUCAACAUUGAACUGUGUAGAUUGCUUGGCUCAAAGCAAAUUGUAAUUUCUCAUGCCUCUCAAACUGCUAAUCCACCUGAAAGUGCACCUAACACAAUCAAAAGAUUUCUUGCCAAACACUGUGCUGACCACCCAAAUAACUGGGAUGACUACCUGCCUGCUGUUUCCUUUGCCUUCAAUGUAACUCACUUGGAACCUGCCAAAAAUACGCCGUAUUUUCAAAUGUUUAACCGAAAUCCUUACAUGCCUGAGACUUCAGCUAUUCUUGAUGAGAUGGACGAUGAUAGUACAAAUAUGUUUACCAAAAUUCUAGGUGCAAUUAAAGAAGCUGAUACAAAACCAGCAAAGGAUACCACUUCAACUGACCAGAUAAAGAAGAGCACUUUUGAGGAAAUAAACAGAAGCAAAAUCAUUGUUAAAAAGAAGCCAAAGCAACUAAAUCCUUUCCAUUUAAAAGUGGGUCAUGAAGUUUUAAGACAAAGGAAAAACUGGUGGAAGGAUGGCCGUUUUCAGUCUGAAUGGGUUGGUCCCUGUGUCAUAGAUUAUAUUACAGAAAGUGGAUGUGCUGUUCUGAGAGAUAAUACUGGAACUCGACUUAAAAGACCUAUCAAAAUUUCCCACCUUAAACCCUAUGUGAGAGAAUCCAGUGAACAAGACAGUCUUUAUCUUUUACAGGGUUCGGUAGUGACAGAUCAUGACUACAUUGGACUACCUGAAAUUCCAGUUGGAGCAUACCAAGCAGAUAUUCUGGUGGAAGAUGCAGCUAUUGGUAUAGUCGAUAAUAAAUUGAUGACAUCAAGCAAGGAUCAUGAACUGUUAGAAUGUAGAAAUGCCAAGAUCUCACCAUUGAUAGAAGAUCACAGUUCUUUUGAAAAACAGACUUUCAGUCUUUUGGAAUCUACAAACCAAGUCCUUGAAUAUUUAAGUCAGUAAAUAUCAGAUUCACUUAAGUGCUUAUUUAUAUAGCUCCUUGAGUCCUCAUCUUUCCCAUCAGAAAAGGUUGUCUGUGCAUUCUUACAUAUUCUUAAUGACUAAAUCUCAAAAGUUUCUUGUACAACUAUUUAUCAAAAAUGUACUGUCUUGGAGAGAACAUUUAACAUGAAGCAAAUACCGUAUAGUUAAUGUUUUUUCUUCUCAAAUAAGAACAGAGAAAGCAUGCUUGCUUCUUCGAAAGUGUACUGAAUUCCAGUCAAAUAUCUCAAAUCUUAAGUUUUCUGCAAUAUUCCUUUCCUUAAAAAAUAAUUUUGAAAUAUGUCAAGUGAGGUUAAUAAAUCUUUAUUCAGCCAUAUUAGUGAAUUAAAUGUAACUUCUUUCCAAGCCAUUGGAACUAGAUAAUAUUGCAGGAAAAAAGGUAGUUAUUGGAUUCACAGGUUAUUGGUAACUUUAUCUUGUUAUACAGACACAGGAUUAGAAUCUUAAACUAUAUUGGCUUGAAAACACUUAUGAUUUUACAUAAUAAAGCAUCUACUUAAAAUAUUUUCCUGCAAUCUUAAAUCAUAAAUGAUAAAAUUAUUUUAUCAUAUUAAAUAUUAAAUUAAAUAUUAUUUAUAUUUAAAUAUAAAAUAUUUAAACCAUUAUUUCCAUGAAAAAUAAUUAUAAUUUAUAUAAUAUUUACAACUUCACAUUCAAUCUGUUAUUUGUGUGUUUUUAUUUCUUUUGAGAGAAAUCAUCACAACUUUAUUGUGUGCUAGGUAUCAAACCAGGGUGCAUGCAAGGCAUGUACUCUACCAUGUUUCACUUAUUUCAUCUUCAGUGAAUAUUCAUUGUAAAGCACUUUGAAAGAUACUAUAGGAAAAUAAUUUAAAAAAUGAAUCAAAUGCACGAAUCAAAUCUCAACCUUGUAAGUCUUUUAAGAAUUAUAGACUCUAUAAGGUAUGAACAGAAGUUGUAUUUCAUGCUGAGUUCCAGAAGUAUAAAUAAUGGUCAGUGGUAGGCAAUAAGGAAAGAGAUUAUUCCUUAUUAUGAACCUUAGGAAGAAAGAUCUUAUGAAAAUGCAAAUGCUUUUAGGAGAAGAAUCAUCUGGGUUUGACCCAAAUAGUAUGUAGAAUUUAGUGAUGGAAUGAAAAGGAAUUUGAGGAAAAUGCACAGAGAAGUGUCACAGUGAUUCACAGAAGGGCCACAUGUUUUUGAGUGCAAAAUAAAAUAGUAUGCUAUAGAAACAAAGCUUUGAAAAGAGAAGUGAAGGGACCAGGUGGUGGCACACCUGGUUGAGCACACAUGUUACAGUGCACAAGGACCCAGGUUUGAGCCCCCGGUCCUCACCUGCAGGGGGAAAGCUUCAUGAGUGGUGAAGCAGGGCUGUGCGUGUCUCUCUGUCUCUCUCCCUCCCUAGCUCCCCCUUUCCUCUCUAUUUCUGACUGUCUUUAUCCAACAAAUAAAUGAAGAUUUUAAAACUUUAAAAAAAA